CAGUGCCCGAGCGAGAUGGCCCCGGACCCGAAGGCCGCCGAGCCCCCGGUGGUGGGGUCGGGCCAGCGCUACUUCACUUGGGACGAGGUGGCGCAGCGAUCGGGGCGCGAGAAGGAGCGGUGGCUGGUGAUCGAUCGCAAAGUGUACAACAUCAGCGAGUUCGUCCGCCGGCACCCGGGGGGCUCCCGGGUCAUCAGCCACUACGCGGGGCAGGAUGCCACGGACCCCUUCACAGCCUUCCACAUCGACAAGGCCCUUGUGAGAAAGUAUAUGAACUCGCUGCUGAUUGGAGAGCUGUCCCCGGAGCAGCCCAGCUUUGAGCCCACUAAAAAUAAAGAACUGGUGGAUGAGUUCCGGGAGCUCCGGGCCUCGGUGGAGCAAAUGGGGCUCAUGAAGCCUAACCUUGGUUUCUUCCUGCUGUACCUGCUGCACAUCCUGCUGAUGGAUGUCAUGGCCUGGCUCGUCCUGUGGUCCUUUGGGAUGUCCUUGGUACCCUUCCUCCUCAGUGCAGUGCUGCUCAGCGCAGUGCAGGCCCAGGCUGGCUGGCUGCAGCAUGACUUUGGCCAUCUCUCUGUCUUCAGCACCUCAAAAUGGAACCACCUGAUCCACCAUUUCGUGAUUGGCCACCUGAAGGGAGCCCCUGCCAGCUGGUGGAACCACAUGCACUUUCAGCACCACGCCAAGCCCAACUGCUUCCGCAAAGACCCAGACCUCAACAUGCACCCCUUCUUCUUCACCCUGGGGAAGAUCCUCUCCGUGGAGCUUGGGAAACAGAAGAAAAAGUACAUGCCGUACAACCACCAACACAAAUACUUCUGCCUGAUUGGGCCCCCGGCCUUGGUGAUAUUCUACUUCCAGUGGUACAUUUUCUAUUUUGCUGUCCAGCGGAAGAAAUGGGUGGAUCUGGUCUGGAUGCUCAGCUUCUAUGCCCGUAUGGCCCUCGCCUAUGUGCCGCUGGUGGGACUGAAGGGCUUCCUGGGCCUCUUUCUCCUGGUCAGGUUUCUGGAGAGCCACUGGUUUGUGUGGGUGACGCAGAUGAACCACAUCCCCAUGCACAUUGAGUACGACCAGAACAAGGACUGGUUAUCCACCCAGCUGCAGGCAACAUGCAACGUCCACAAGUCCUUCUUCAACGACUGGUUCAGCGGGCACCUCAACUUCCAGAUUGAGCACCACCUUUUCCCCACCAUGCCACGACACAAUUACCACAAAGUGGCGCCCCUAGUGCGGUCGCUGUGCACCAAGCAUGGCAUCAAGUACCAGUCCAAGCCCCUGCUCUCGGCCUUCGCUGACAUUGUGUACUCACUGAAGGAGUCGGGGCAGCUCUGGCUAGAUGCCUACCUACACCAGUAAUGGCCCCGCCACGCCUGGAAGAGGAGACUUUGGCACUAAACCUGAGGAGAGCUCGAGGGACAAUGCCACUACCAUCCUCAUUGUGGGGAGGGAGGGGGGAGUAGAGGCUCUGCCCAUACCCUCCCCUUAUCUUCCAGGCACAGGUUUAAGAUCCAAAGAAGGAGAGGGGGGCAUCUGAACACCCCAACCCCCUCACCCCACCCCCAAGUGAAGUGGCUGAUAGCGGGACGAUGAGAGUGUUUCCCUUGUUCCAGUUUGGCAGGUGGUUAGUGAACAACCAAGAGGGAGCCAGGGGACAGCCUACUGAACCCAGAGGCGCCAGGGAGGGACUUAGCUCUGCAACCCCACCAUAAAGGGCAGGCUCAUCUCGCUGGCCCGCCCCACAGUGCCCACAAAUCCCCAGCUUGGCAAGCUGAGGGGCACAGCAGCCAAACCUCCUGAACCUGGUUUGAAAAGACGUGUGAGCAUCGAGAGUGCCAGGCCUAGGGCUCCGCUUCUUGCCCAAGCUGGGUGGAGCCUAAGUCCAUAGAGCGCGUGCCUUGGGCUCCUGAGAAAAUGCCAUUCCAGUUCCCACCCCUCGGCCCUGUUGAACCAGGCUCUGAGGAUCAUGGAACCAUGGAUGUUUGGCCUUGGCUCUCUCCAGGGUACAGUGGGUACUCUUGACCCUUACUCCUGCCAAAACAGCUGGAAGAAAAAUCCCUCAAGCAUAACUCAAAGUACUGAGCCAGGAUCUGAACACCCCCGGGGCUGGGAGUCUGAUCCUUGCACCACAAGCCAGCAAGCACCUGAGGAAACAUGCCCUUCUGUUCUCUAGAAACCAUAGCAGCCAGUGAGCACAGGUGAGCGAGUAGAGAUGCUAACGUCCCAGGUGCGAAGACGGAUCCAAGUGGCAGUCCUAAACGCUGCAAGCCAAUGGUUCUAAACCUUCCUAAUGCCGCGACCCUUACGUACAGUUUCUCAUGUUGUGGUGACCCCCCCCAACCAUAAAAUU